AUGGUCUUCAACGCAGAAUGCCCCACUGGGCGCUACAACCUCAACCUGGCACAGCCAAGCGACUUUGCCGUGGCAGAGUUGCUGAAGAUGCUGGAUGCCUGGGAGUCAUCUGUGGCCAAAGCCAAAGGUUUGGAAGACCGCUCCAAGUACGGCAAUUGGUCGAGCGUCCGCAAUUGCGUGCAUCAGAGCAUUACCGUUCGGUCCUUGACCGAGUGGAUCCUUCCCUGCUCGGAGCUUCUCUUCCUGGACUUCGUCACCUGGCGCCGCCCGGCCAAGGAUACGACAACUUUCCCGGCAGAAAGGUGGGACGAGAUGAUGGUGCAGCUUGCGCAGGCGCCUCUGCAACAAGAGGCCAAAGUCCACGCCCUGCGGGGGCUUGCUGACCGCAUCUACCUGUCUGCGGCGCAGUGCCGCCAGCUUGUGGCUGUAUUUGGGGACCGCACCUUCCGCUUGGAGGCGCUGACAUUCCUCCUCCUGCGGCUCUCGGAUCCGCAGAACAUGAAGAUGAUUGUCUCACGCAUCGCCCCAGACGAGUGGGACGAGCUGAAGCUACGCCUUGGUACCUUGACGCUCUUCCCCUACAUCCAGCCAGAGCAGUACCGUUUCGUCUUCGACACGACGAUUCCUGAAGACCGUCUAGCUGCCUGCCUGACUGUACGGAUGAACUUGAAAGAGUCGCCAGGCCGCUUGGGGAACCUGCGCCAGCCCAGGCUGGUGCUUGCCGACAAGAGCGAGUUUGCCUUCGAUCGAGGCGUCCCAGCAACCUGGAAGGAUUUGCAGACGAUCCCGAACGGCCUGCUGAGCUGGCAGUACAUGGCGGCUCCAGAGGAUCGGAGCCUGGACAUGAGGAUCGAGAAUUUGCUCAGAUACGGGGGCUGGAACACUGACAUCCAGAGCUCCAAAGUCAUUUGGUGGGCAGAUGUUCAGGCUGUGCCGGAGGCUGUCAGCACUUUCUUGGUGCAUGUCAUGCGUCACUUCAAGCACAAUCUUCGCGCGGCUUUCCAGAUGAUUGACGGGCCAGAUGGCAAUGGGAAGCUGUCCUUGAGGGAGUUCAAGGAUGCCUUUGGAAGACUCGGCUGGCGAGAGUUCAAAGAUUCAGAGAAGGCCGUUGAGCUCUUCCGAUACCUCGAUCCAGAUCGCGGAGGUUCCAUCUCCUGGGAGGAGUGGCAGGUCAUGGACAAUCUUCUCAAGGAGCUGCAGCUGGCUAUCCUGGAGCUGCUUCAGUACGUUGACCGCACCUUUGGCAGUGUUGAGGUUGCCUAUGAGUUCCUAGACAAGGACGGGAGCGACUCCGUCGACUUGGACGAGUGGUGCCAGGCCAUCAAGUCCAUGGGCUACCAUGGCCCGAGUGGUGUGAUCUACAAGUACUUGUGUGCAGACGCCUCCACGGGAACGCUGCUGGCACUGUCCCGCGAGCGCUGGGACGAGGUUGCCUAUAUCUGCUCCCGCUACUACCGUGCACCGGAGCUCAUCUUCGGUGCUACGAACUACACGACGGCUGUGGAUCUAUGGUCCAUCGGCUGCGUACUGGCGGAAAUGCUUCGAGGGCGGCCACUCUUUCCUGGCGAAAACGGAGUGGACCAGCUGGUUGAGAUCGUCAAGGUCCUUGGAUCACCGUCUCGAAGACAGGUCUUGGCGAUGAACCCGCAGUACUUCAGUUUCGCCUUCCCGAACGUUCCCCCUUGCAGCUGGGGCACCAUCUUUCGGAAAACAGUGGCACCAGAGUUCAUCACUCUGCUGGCAGAAUUCCUUCAGUACGACCCCGAGGCUUGUGCCCACAGCUGCUUCGACAGCCUGCGUGAAGAGCAGGCGCGCUGUCCAGACGGCCAGCCGUUGCCUCCGGAUCUCUUCAACCUCACCCAGCGAGAGCUCCGCAGCUGCUCUGCCAGCCUCCACGAGCGCCUCGUGCCGGCUGGGGGCUUUGAAAGUGCGCCGUUUGCUGCGGAAUCGGGGGAAGAGGGGCAGUUGAAGAUCUUCGCAAGAAAGACGGUUCAGAGACGGGUCGUCACAGCCUCCCGCCAGCUCCUCUACACCACGCCGCGUGAGUCGGCAGUGACUGGCAAAACUAACUACCGACAAAGAGGCCACAGAUGCUACGCGUUGAGCCGUGCGGCUUUCGGAAAGAAACAAGGAGCUACCUUGCUACCAGCAUUGGAAGCGGAGCCUUCCCCGAAAGGGGACGAGGACGUGAUGGAACGCCGUGACCGAGACCCUGUUCCGACUUGGGACGGGGAGGCUGCCGGGUGGAACACCUAUGUGAGAAGGGUGCGACUCUACUGGGAGCGGACGGCUCCGAAGAAGAGGCGCUUGAUAGGCGCGGACCUGGCAAGCCGUCUUACCGGGCGAGCGUGGGAUGUCAGCGGCGACCUCGACCAUGAUCGCCUUCAGCAACGGGACGGGGCGACUUACCUUCUUGACUUCUUGGAGUCGCGCCUGGGGCGCAGCCCGGUCCCGGACCUGGGCAGUCGCCUCGAAGACUUUCUGGUGAGACUGCGCAGGGCCCGUGGGAGCUCGCGCCGACCCGUGAACCAGAACCCCAAGACGAUGCCGAUGUCCAUCCGGGAGACCGAGAAGAUGAACACCCACCCGUCGCCGACGAGAGGAGUGAGCGUGGAGCCGCUGGCUGGACGGCGGCUGAGUGGGAAGAGUGGUGGAACGGCCAAGGACGACAGCGAUGACGAGGAAGGUCCCCAGCCUGAGUGGGAGAAGUUCCAGCUCGAGGAGAUCGACGCCCUUCCUCCUGAGGUUCUUGGCUGGAUCCUUCUUCGCCGUGCUCACCUGCCAUCCCAUGCCCGGCUGGCGGUCCUUGCUGCUACGAACAAUCGCCUGGACCUCGACCUCGUCGAGAAGGCCCUGCGCGACCAAGAGGAGGACCUUCUCCAGGCCGAGGAGCGAAGAGGACCAAAGAGAACUUACUGGGUUGAGCAAGAGGGCUCGUGGGGCCUUCUCUUAGACGAGCCGAGCAGCGAGGAUACCCAGGGCAACGUGCACUGGGUGGGCAGCCGUCCGGUCUUUGCUGCGGAAGAGGAGCCCGAGACCUGGUGCACCAUGCACGGAGAUGCCGAGGUGCAUUGGACUUACCAAGACGGUGACUGGUGGACCGAGGAUCCUGAAGGGGUCUGGUUGAACUUGUCCGAUGCCAAGCCCUGGUUCGAUGUGAACGAGGCUAUGGUCCUUGACCCUGCCGCCGGCAAGGAGCUGCAGGAGGCCCUGACCGUCUACCAGGACAAGGUUCGCACCUUCAAGGAGUCCCGGCAGUUGGUCGCGGCCCGGAACACGGCCCGUGGCUUCUAUCCCUUGUCUGGAAAGGGAAAGCAGAAAGGCAAGCCGAAGGGCAAAGGAGCUUUCAGUCCCAAGGGCAAGGGCAAGGGCAAGAAGGGCCCAGCUUCCUCGGCUACUACCUCGGUGGCUCUUGCGGCUGAAGGGCCACAGCGUCCAGGCGCCGCUGCGUACACUGGGUGCUUCAUCUGCGGAUCAAAGGACCACGACUUCCGCAGGUGUCCGAAGCGCAGCUCCGGAAAGGGGACAGCAGCAGCCCAUGUCCUCAGCGAUGGCCCGUGGUCCGAGGCCCCCACCUACAUGGUUCAGUCUGUGCUUGAUAGGCGCUCAGGGGCCGAGGGCACCGAGGAGAACGAGAACGACGAGAGUGCCGAGGGCGGUGGUGCCGAGACCGACGUGAACGAGCCGAGUCCCGAGCCCCCGGAGGACCAGAUCUUCGUCGUGCAGGCGGCGAGCCGGGAGCCCGAGGACACCGUGGAAGAACCAGAGCACGAGGAGCCCUUGUGCUUUAUGCACGUCGUCUCUGGCAGUCCGGUUGAUGAAGCGGUUUCUGGCAGUCUGCAGGUGGAGGCUGCUAUGUCAGUGGCUGGGCAACUUCACCCCGGCUAUGCUGUGAUCGACAGCGGGGCGACCGAGACCGUCGGCAGCCUUGAGGCAAUCGAGGCGGUAGUCUCUAUGCGCCGCACCCGCUAUGGCAUGGAGAGUGUGCGUGUCUACCCCGAAGCCAAGCGCAGCUUCAGGUUUGGGAACGCCCAGCAGGAGACCGCCACAUCCUAUGUUGAGGUGCCGCAGACCUUGGCCGGACAGCCCGUGGCCCUUGGAGUCUUUGCCUUGGACGUUCCCCGCAUACCAAUCCUUCUGAGCAUCAGCACCCUCAAGAAGCUUGGCGCAGAGAUAAAUUUUCAGCGCAAGACCAUAGUGUUCAAAGCCGUUGACCCUGGAGUCACUAUUGGACUUCAGGAGAGUGCCUCAGGUCACCUUUUGCUAGACUUGGUGCACGACUGGAUGCGCACCCCCGGUGCCACCCAAGGAUUCUCCGGAAGUGUUUUGAGCCAGGUCUUGUCCGAGUAUAAGGAGGGUGCGCGCCAUGACAUGAGACCUGGAGGCCCCACCGACGACUACAACCAUGGUACUCUUCCACAACAGCCUCGAGGUCCCGAACAUCAGGAACAACAAGAACUACAUGGUCAUGCGUUGGGUCACAUGUGCCAGAGUCCUUCCAGUGAUGAUGCUGCUCUAGUGUGCGAGGGAGUUCCGGAAAGUGAGUGUCAGCAGGCAGUUUCCACAGAGCCAGUGUCCGGAAUCCCAGACCACGUGCCGAUGUUUGAUAUGACCGCACUUCCCGUCAACAUCCUCUUCGCGAUCAUGGCCUCAGCUGCGGCGGAGGCAAAGGCCAAGGCCGACAAGGUGAAGACCGAGUACGAUAUGAGCCGCGCCGUGGGGCCGGAUCCCCGCGAUCCGACUACAGCAAUCACCAGCCGAUGGUGGCUGGCCUGCCUCGGGCUCGUCGUGAUUGACCUUGGUCCACUGGGCCUCCUCCUUGGUCCGGGCUUCCUGGGCUUCGGCAUGCUGGGCAUUGUUCCGCUUGGUGCUCUUCUUGGCGAUGGGCUUUGCCUCUUUGGGCGUGCCCCUGGUUCUUUGACGUCCUUGGUCUCCUUGCGGUCGGGAUUCGCGUCCUUCUCGCCAGAUUCUCAGCCGACAGUCUUUGCACACUUCCCAGCGCCCAUGCGCAUUGGCUCCACUCAGGCUGCCGCGGCCAGCAAGAUUCGGGACAAUGUGAAGGAUACCCUGGACCUCUUCGAUGCCGAUGUCGCUGAGCUUCCUCGACAUCGACCUGGAGUAAGAGUACAUGUGCUUGAGAUUGGCGCCUCUGAGAACAGCGGCAUUAAGCACGCAGUUGAGGAGAGACACGGCAACGCAGCCAGGCUGAGCCCCUACGAGUUUGAGUUUGGCCGCAAGUCUGGGUUUGACCAGGCAAUGAGGGCUGCAAAGGCCCUGGCUCCCUCACUGAUGUGGGUGUCUGUGCCAUGCGCUGCACUAGAGGACCCCGAGUGGGAGCAGCGAGAGAGCACCGACGACCAGAUUGGACGUGCUGGCCACCUGGCCUGGGAAUGGCCCCAGCACACCUCUGCCUGGAAGGAGCCCGAGGUAAAAGGCUUUCUUGCCAAGCUUGCGCGGCGGGGCCUUAUGCAUACCACCAUCUUUGUGGACAAGUGCUCUGGGAAAAGGUGGCGCGUUGUGACAUCCAGCCCCGACCUGUGCUCCCACGCCCAGGCAGAGAACAUCGACAAGAGGGGCCCGACUCUUAUGACAAGGUCCUUGCCGGCAUCUUCUAGAUAUCCCGAGAAGCUGUGCCGGGCCGUUGCCGAGUAUGCUGUGAACUGUGAGCAGCGUGCUGGAGAUGAACAACAGGCCAGUGCUUUUGGUCUGAGUGACGAGCCCCUGCUGGAGUCCAAGCUCGAGCCAGCGGACCGCAAGCGAGCUGAGGCCCUGGUGCAUCGACUUCAUGUUCGUGCCGGUCAUCCUUCUGGAAAGACCCUGGCAAAAGUGCUUAAGGCCCGGGGCGCCCACCAUGAGGUGAUCAAGAUUGCCAUGGAACAUACGUGUCCCGACUGCCAGGAGAUGCGACUACCGGACCUGGCUCCAAGUGUCUCCUUACAACAAAGCGAGGUGCCCUGGAAGGUGAUCCAGAUUGAUAAUGCCGAGAUCCGUGUCGAGGACACCGUGACGCACUUUAUGGUGAUCACCGAUGCAUGGGCCGCCGAUGUUGGUAUAGAGGUCACCCCGUGUCCCGCCGAGGCCCACCACCAGAUUGGCCAGGUUGAGUCGAUAGUCAAAAAGCUCAAGCAGGAUGCUCUCACCCUCCUGGCUGGUCAUCCUGUGGGAGCUCACCGUGCUCUUCUUCACAGCGCGGCCUCGCGCAACACGGUCCACAGGGUUCAGGGCUUCAGCCCGGCCCAGUGGGCUUUUGGGCGCGACUUUGGCCCUGGAGGACGUCUCUUUGAGAGUGAGCAGGACCUGCCGGCGAUUCAGAACUCCCUGCAGCCAGGACACACCUUUCACGACCACAUGGAGGUCCGGAGGGCAGCGGAGGACAUUGCCCGCAGGUCCCAGGCCUCCUACCAGCUCGGCAGGAUGCUGAACAUGAAGUCAAGGCGCAAGGUGCAGUUUGUGCCAGGCGACCUCGUGUAUUAUCGCCCAGUGCAGCCUCCGGCCUAUUCUCCUGCUCAUCCAGGCCUGGAGUUUGCUAAGGUUGGCAUGGGCCGAUGGUUCGGCCCUGGAAGGGUCCUGGCUACUGAGACAAGGAACGACAACCAAGGAGCGACGAGACGUCCAGCCCAGACGGUGUGGAUCAUUGCCAGCGGCCGCCUGAAACGAUGUAGCCCAGACCAGCUCCGACAUGCAUCGGAGCGGGAGGCGGCCAUAGCGGAGGCAACGGAUGCAGCGACCCCCCCGUGGACCUUCCACAGCCUUCUCCAGAACCUAGAGGGCGGCGGCUACGACAUCUACGAUGACUACGUGUUCCCCGAGGACGUCGGCAUGCUACCGCCACAACCUCGAUCGGCGCAGAAAAGCAAGGACGAAGUGUCCAAAAUCCAACUCCUCGUACUCCUGGUGGUCCUCGUGAUACGUCUUCAGAUGAGAGACAAGGCGCAGAAAAGCGAGAACGAAGUGUCCAAAAUCCAGUUUCUGGGUGACCCUAGCUAUGACCCGACGCUGUUUCGGUUUCUGAUGGACCAGCAGGCUCAGCAGGCUCAGCAGGCCACCAAGCAGAGUCCCCCGCUGUUCAAGAAGCAAAAGUCACAGAGUGCAAGGGCCAAGCCAAGCUCGACUCAAGCAGCGCCAGAGACACCACGAGCUCAGGGAUCCCGAGGAGAAGGAGGUCUCCUUGCUGAGUGGACAGGUGAAGAGCGUGACGAAGCAGGGUUCUUCAGCGAGUCCGCGAAGUUCGAGGCAGGCGACGAUGUCAUGUGUGCAAUCGAGCUUCCUCUGCCCGCCAACGACAGCCAGUGGAAGAGGCUGCGCCGUGAUCCCACAGUGUGGAUGGCCAAGGGACUUCGAAAACAAGAGGCAGCAGCGAGGAGGACAAGGCAGCUUGUGUAUCAACAGGCCACCCUGAGACACUGGAAAACCAUGAAAGCCGAUGUGCGUGCAGCCUUCCUCCAGACAGCGCCGACACAAAUGUCGAGGUGCGUGUUCGCACGCCCUGUGCCAGAGUUGGCUGCGGCGAUGAAGCUCCAGCGCAACGAGGUGGUCCAGAUAGCGAAAGCUUGCUAUGGACUAGUCAAUGCCCCGGCUGAAUGGUUCAGAGAUAUAAAUCGUACUUUGUGCAGCCUUGGAAUGGUGCAACUGCGCACCGAACCUUGUUGCUGGAAGUUCGUCAAGUACCACAACGGGGUUCCUCGCCUGGUGGGCUUGAUAUCAGCCCAUGUCGACGACUUUAUCAUCACGGGUGACGAAGGGGAUGCUGAUUGGGUCUCCGUUGUCAACCGCUUCCACUCCAGCUAUCGCUGGAGUCCAUGGGAGGUCAUCGACUACAACCGCUGUGGCGUGAUGAUCAAGAUCAAAUACGAGUCGAGAGACGAGGACUCCCCAGCAACAAAGGACGAAGUGGCUCAGCUACGGGCCGCUCUGGGAGCACUGCAGUGGCGUGCUUAUAGCACGGCGCCACAGCUGAUGGUGCACUUGAGCAUGCUGCAGUCCUGCGUGAACAAGGCCACUGUCCGGAUCCUGAAGCAGGCCAACAAACUGGUGAGAGAAGCUUACCAUGGCCGAUUCCUUCACAUGAAAGUGACGGAUCUGGAUGGGGCACGUCCCGAGGACGUGUCGUUUGUGGCCUGGGCCGACGCUGCAGUCGGCAACCGCCCUGACUACGGAUCCACGGGUGGUUACCUCAUCUGUGCGACUACUGGUGCAAUGGCCCGGGGAGAGCAAGCGGCGGUGACACCAAUCAGCUGGAGAAGUGCCCGGCUGAAACGUGUGGCCAGGUCAAGCCUGGCUGCUGAAACCCAGGCAGCCUGGGAGGCCGAAGAAGAGCUUAUGCUCGUCCGGCUCCAGUGGAAGGAAAUGCUCGGCUACAGCGUGGACCUUCGGAAGCCCGGCGAAGAGAUCCAGACGGUGCCCGGCAUCUUGGUCACUGACGCCAAGAGCCUGUACGACGUGUUGCACAAGGAGGACCUCAACUCCGCGGCGGGUGGGCUUCAGGAGAAGUACAGUGCUCUGGAGCUGCUUUCCUUGUGUGAACGCAUCAGGGAGGGCAAGACUACCGUCCGUUGGGUGAACAGUGACGCUCAGGUCGCAGACUCUCUCACCAAGCCUACGAGUCCCGGGGCCCUUCACCAACUGCUACAGACAAGUCGCUGGAAGCUCACUUACGACCCGAACUUUACUUCGGCGAAGCGUCUGAAGCAGCGGCGGUAA